AUGAAUCCGUCGCGCCCUGGAGGGUAUGGCGCGCGGUCAGGCCGGUACGGAGGGGCAGCAGGAACCCCCGCGGGCGCGGGCAAGGGGCCCGGCGGACCGUCGUCGCGCAGCAAUGCGGCGCUGCAGGCGCAGCAGCGGCUCCGCGCGCUCAUGUCGAACACGUCGGAUGAAUCCCAAGAAGACUACGGCAGCCAGGUGCGCGCGCUGUCUGCGUGUCGGGCGGGGGAAUGCGCCAGCCCCCCCACUGGGGCCGCUAUGGGGUCCGCGGGGGGAAUGCGCCAGCCCCCCACUGGGGGCGCUAUGGGGCGCACGCGGCCGGCAGGGGGCGGAUAUGACGCGCCCGACCCCAUGGGGGACCCGUACCGAGGGGGGGGCGGAAUGGGCGGAUACGACAUGGGACGACGCCCGUACGUGUGGGAUGGUACAUGGGGAGGUGCAUGCGUGGGUUGGUGCAUGGGGAGGAGAGACGCGGGAAUGUGUGGGUGUGAUGUUGUGCGGGGUUGGCAGGGGGCUGAUUCCUCCGCGCCUCGUUUCACCCCUCUGCACCGCCCUCGUCGCUCUGGCAGGGAUACAGUAGCGUCCCGGCAGGAGAUGGAGAGCAUCAAGCGCGAAUCAGCCAAGCUCAAGGACGAUCUGGAUGUACUCACAGAGGAAAACGAGUUCCUGGUGGAUAAGCUGCGCAUGGCCGAGGAGGACCUCAAGGAGAAGCAGGCGCGCGUGCAGGAGCUGGAGAAGCAGGUGGCCAAGAUGGGAGAAGGGCUCAGCCUGGAGGCCCGUCUUCUCAACAAGAAAGAGGCGGUUCUCAAGCAGCGCGAGGCGAGUCUGAAGGAGAUGAAGGACAAGAGCAAGGACGUGAAGGAGGUGGAGAUCACCACGCUCAGGAUGGAGCUCGAGUCCCAGAGGGAGGAGGCAGCAGCAGCGUUGGAGGAGGCGAGGCAGGCGAGUGAGGAGGUGAGGGCGCUGAGGAGCCUCACGGCGCGCAUUCUGCUCACUCCCGAGGAGAAGGAGGAGGUGGUGCUCAAGCGCUGCUGGCUCGCGCGCUACUGGGCGCUGGCCUCUCGCCACGGUGUGCAUGCGGAGAUCGCCAGCUCUCGCAGCGAACACUGGCAGAAGUACUCUCCUCUGCCCUUCGAGGUGGUCAUUGACGCGGGCAGGAAGGCCCGGGAGGAGCCUGACGGUGGCGAGAAAGAGGACAAACCAGCGGCGGUGGGCACGGAGAGCAACAUAGAGAGCAUGUUUCAGGUGGAGAAGGCACUCAGAGACCUGGCGGCGCUCAAGGUGGAGGAGGGGGUGCUGCUCGCCAUGGCCCAGCACCGCCGCCCCGCACUGCUCAAAGUGCACUCGGCACCGUCAGCUGCUGAAGAGGGUCCAAGGAUGGUCGAGUCUAUGGAUCUGAGUGAUGAGGAGGUGGAGGACGUGAGGUUCAAGCAGAACUGGCUGGUGUACUGGUGGCGGCGGGCACGCGACCACAAGGUGGAGCCGGACAUUGCGGCAGAGCGGCUGGCGUACUGGAUCUCCAGGAGCACUGUGAAACCGACUGCGCACGAUGCUGUCGAUGCGGAGCGCGGGCUUAUGGAGGUCCGCAAGCUGAACCUGGAGCAGCAGAUGUGGGAUGCUUCCAGGAAGGAUCUUGUUGCCGAGGCUGCAGCAGCGGCUGCUGUUGCUGCUGUGGCUGCAGGGCCGCCUCCCUCCAGCAAAUAA